AUGCAAAGUUUAUCUCAGAGUGACUUUUCACCUUCAAUGAUUCAAGUUUUAGAUAAAUUCAUUAAUGAGUUAGAAAUCAGUAACAUUGAAAGCAAAGUAAUGGAUGGUCAAAAUUUAGAACAAAUCAAAGAUUCAUCAUUAGACUAUACAUUCUCAACCUUUGGUCUAAUUUAUUUCCCAGAUAUACUUCAAGGUAUGAAAGAGAUGUUUCGUGUUUUAAAACCGGGUGGUAAAACGGGUAUUGCUUCAUGGUGUACAGAUGCAUUUUUACCAGCUGCAUUCCAACAAACAAUGAAUGCACUUUUGGGCAAUAGUGUUUCAAAUCGAACAGUUCUUUUGAUAAAUUAA